AUGUCGUGUGUGAGAGAGGAAUGUUUGGAGAUCGUGGGAAACAAGGCGGACAUCCGAGAACCUCACACCAUGUUUUGGUUGCGGGUCCUUUUUGGACGGAUGCGAUCACGGUGGGUGGGAGCCGCGGCGGAUGUACGGAUUCCGGUGGCCUUGCGGUCCUCCAUCUACAGCUUUUUCGCGUGGAGAUACAGUAUGGCAGUGGAUGAAAUUCGAUACCCGCUGGAUUCUUUCACAACCUUCAAUGAAUUCUUCAGUCGAAAACUGGUCGACGGGGCGAGGCCCAUCUCAAAGGUGCCGAAGGGCUUGGUUAGCCCCGUUGAUGGCACUGUGACCACCCUAGGCAAGAUCACGGAGGAGAGCGACCGAGUGGAACAAGUGAAAGGUGCCACGUACAACGUGCGGUCUUUUUUGGGUUUGGACCCAAGAGAGAGCAUUCAGCCAAAGUCGGAGCUUCACUAUGUCGUUCUGUAUUUGGCCCCAGGGAACUAUCAUCGGUUUCAUAGUCCUUGCGACUUGACAUUCAAAAGAGGCCGGCAUUUCUGUGGUGAGCUUUUGCCUGUGAGACCGUGGUUUCUUGAACGAUUCAAUGAUGUCCUUGCGGUGAAUGAGCGUGUGACACUCAACGGAGACUGGCAAUUCGGCUUCAUGAGUUUGGUUGCCGUUGGUGCUGCCAACUGCGGAAGUGUUUUCUUAGACUUUGAUCACAAGCUGAAGACGAAUCGGCUUCGGGACAUAGCAGUUCACUGCGGCGGUGAUGUCUCAGAGAAGCUCUACCCCGAUGGUGUGAAGUUGAGUUCUGGAGACGUGGUGGGAGGCUUCCGCAUGGGCUCCACAGUAGUGCUGGUCUUUGAGAGUCCCAAAGGAUUUCAGUGGGAUGUGACACCUGGCGAGAAUAUCAAGGUUGGCCAGCCACUAGGUGAGCCUUUGCGCGUGGAUGUGAUGCGGCCUUUGGCCUCAGCCCGCGUGGUGCUUCGAGCAGAAGAACUUCGAUAUUCAGUUCCUCUCGAAGGAAAACAGGAUAUGGCUUUGCGUCUCAAGGUCAAGCCUGCCAAAGUAGCAGAGCGUGAAAAAGGAGGAGAGCCAGCUGGCAAGCUGUCUGCCACGUUGAAAGAUGUUACGGCGGGUGCCAAGGAUUACUUGGAGCAUCACAAAAUCCUGCAGUACAUGCAGGCUUUGCUUCAUGCAGUGAUCCAAGCGAAGCCACUUGACCCCUUCUCCUUCAUGGUGGCACAGCUCACAUCGGCCCGGAGUCGCCCAUCACGAAGCCAAAGAAGCAGGAGGGGAAGUUGCCCUGGCUCACUGGCAAAGGAUUCCAGCACACAGUUGGAUCUCCAGCCAGAGAUAGAGCUCGCCUCCGACCCCGGUCCUUUGCCACCAUCAUCUGUGCCCAGCAUGACACCCUUCGAGGUCUUCUCCGACCCUGGCCAGACCCGGAAGGCAUCAGGUCCACCCUCAACAGCUGCAUGCCCCGCUCCAACAGAGGAUGCUGUCCCAGCAUGCCAUCCGGAUCCGGAGGAGACUGAGGCAAGCCUUGCAGGCCAGAGGCAGGAACCAGAAGAACCAGCACCAGAAGGCACAGGUGUCCUGGGUGAUGAGGAGUUAGAAUGUUUGCGCGGGAGCUUGCGAAGACAACUGGAGGAGGCAGUUGAUGAAGGAAAACUGGCCAGUGCUGUGGAAAGAGCUGUGGCCCUGAUGUCUGGACAGGAAGAUGACGAGGUCCGAACACGAAGGGAGUUGGUGCAGCUGCAGGAAGAGCAGAAGGAACUUCGACUUCGAUCCGAGAGGUUGAAGCAGGACCUGCGAGACCUGCGACGAGUGAAUUUGGACCUGCGACGUCAACUGAUGGCGCUCAAGCCUUUGGAAGUCGAUGGGUUGCCAGGAGCGGUCCUUGGUGCAGACAGCUGCGGCUAG